UCUGUCUGAAGGAGUCCGGCAUGUAAUAAUUAAUUUCAUGUUUAUGCCUAAAGACAAGUGCAUGAACCAUUUGAUGAAGUCGAUGUUUCCCAAAAUAGUUUUUCGACCUUUAUAUAAACAACUGACCCACAAAUAUGUGCAUCUCAGACAUUUUGUUUGAACCUCUAACAUGACAGGCCGUCGUCAUUCUACCCCUCCCAAAUGGUCAGCUGAAUUCUGUGCCUGUGGAGAACAGCCUCUAACAUGUUUUGUAACUUGCUGUCUACCGUGCAUCACCUUUGGCCAAAUUGCAGAAAUUGUGGAUGAAGAACGAAGUUCUUGCGUUGGACAAGGGUGUGCGUAUGGGUUACUUAUGGUGGUAGCAUGCAACUGGGUGUACUCGUGCCUUUACAGAGAGAAACUGAGAGCAAAGUUUGGGUUGCCAGCAGAACCUUGUUGCGAUUGCUGUGUUACUUGCUGCUGCGAUCCAUGUGCCUUAUGCCAAGAACAUGCUGAGCUAAAAGCAAGAGGUUUUGACCCUUCCAAAGGUUGGAUUGGGCCACCAAAUGCACCUCCUCAAAUGCCACCGUCCAUGUCUAGAUGAUCCAUCUCCCCCAAUCACUAUUCAUUAAAUUUCGUAUCAUCAACACUGAUGUGCAUUGAAGUAAUAAUACACCCAAUCUUAUGCAAAUGCUUAAAUACAUAAACAUUAAAAACAAAACGUGAAGGAUGAAGAAUAUUUUCAUCAAUAUUA